AUGACCACGCUCAUGCGAGACUCGGUCGCUGGCCAUGCCAUUCGACUCCUCACCAAGGGCCGAUUCUUCAAGUAUGCGGAGGAAAAGGACCCGUCACUAUGGCAGCGAUACGAUGUGUUUGCCAACACGGCAUCAGUGCCGGCGAUUCCGUCCUCGGCGUGGGAGCAUCAUGGACAUCGAUUUCAAGGCCUCACGGGUGUGCGAAUCAAUCCUGAGCAUGGAGAAGAUGCCAAUGUCAUUGACUGGUGUGAUAAAAAUGAUUCAGAGAAUCCUCAAAACUGGCCACUGGCCAAGAAGGUCUUUGUCACAUUCGAAAUCUGUCUGUUGACCUUCAGUGUCUACAUUGGAAGUGCGAUUUAUACUCCUGGAAUCCUCACUGUGGUGCAGGAUUUUCAAGUCAGCCAUGUGGCCGCAACACUGGGCUUGACCUUGUUUGUUGCAGGAUACGGGCUAGGCCCGCUGCUCUGGUCACCCAUGAGUGAAGUCCCUUACAUAGGACGGAAUCCAGUUUAUAUCUUCACCCUGGCUGUAUUUGUUGUGUUACAGGUCCCGACAGCCUUGGCCGGAAAUCUAGGGACUCUGCUUGCACUUCAAUUUCUGACUGGAUUCUUUGGAUCGCCUGCUCUCGCUACGCCCAGCAAAGCGUGCCUAUGCAAUUGGCGUCUGGGGCCUCAGUGUGGUCCUGUCAUGGGACCAUUGGUCGGAGGAUUCGCAGCACAGGCAAAAGGCCGGCGAUGGACUAUCUGGGAAUUGAUGUGGUUGUCGGGAUUCUCACUCCUCAUGUUGCUGUUCUUCCUCCCGGAGACAUCGUCAGCGAAUAUCCUGUAUCGACGCGCACGCCGACUACGCCAACUGACCGGACGAGAGAACCUGAAACCAUUUACCCUCAACUUCACGGAGCCGAUGGUCUUCCUCCUCAAUCUCUACAUCGCACUCAUCUACGGCCUUCUCUACGUUUGGUUCGAAUCCUUCCCCAUCGUCUUUACGGAGAUCUACCACUUCAAUCUCGGCCAGCUAGGCCUUGCUUUCCUCGGUAUCCUCGUAGGAGCUCUCCUGACAAUUCCGUACUACUGGUGGAUGCACAGGUACCUCGAGCCUCAAUUCGACGAAAACGGCAAUGUCCCACCGGAAGCUCGACUUGGACCUGCCGUCGUUGGCGCUUGUUUUAUCCCAAUCUGUCUGUUCUGGUUCGGCUGGAGUGCACGACCGGAAAUCCACUGGAUCAUGCCUAUCAUCGGCUCCGGGUUCUUCGCAGUCGGUGCGUUCCUUCUAUUCAACCCGAUUCUGAAUUAUCUUCCCGACGCGUAUCCAGCGUAUGCGGCGUCUGUGCUUGCGGGGAACGAUCUCUUCCGGUCAGCUUUCAGUGCGGGAUUUCCCUUGUUUGCGACGGCAAUGUAUCAAAACCUUGGGGUGGGGUGGGCAAGUUCCACCCUGGCGUUUUUGUCCAUUGCGUUCAUACCCAUUCCGUUUGUUUUGAUGAAGGGGUAUGGAGAGGAUAUGGAGGACCUUCGCAACAAAGCGACCGGAUUGGCCAACACGCUGACGCAUCUGGACCAUGUUCUUCACAUAACGAGCGCCGUCGAUACCGUUUUCCGAAGGCAAGUCGCUGAUCUAUUGGACGGUAGCAAGGUCACGAUGGAGAAGCUCGAGAAGCUAAGGGCCAAACUUCCCACGGCAGCAACUCAGCAACUGGCGGGCGAAACAGUCCGAGGACUCAAACGGAAGGUGCUCUACGCCUUUGAAAAGCGGACUUUAGCGGACAUAACAAGCAUGAUUGACAGCCUGCAAGGGAACAUCGACACAGCGCUGAAUAUACUGCAGGUACAUCAAGGGGCCCGCUUGCUUGAUGAUGUUGCAACGAACUCAGCACUGAGCUUAGACAUUCGGGAUCAACUGGCAGAGCAACAAACUCAACUUCAGCGCCUGCCUCUGUACUCGUCUUCCUCUGCGCAGGUGCCCCGCUCCAGCCGAAUCAUAUCGGUCGGGCCAUUCGUAUCUCGACUCCUGGUGAACGAGUUGAUACGACGGCGUCAAGCACUACGUCAGCUGGAAUUAGUAGCACUACCCGAGCAUUUAUUCUCUCGAGAUGUGCUCCCAGAUGCAAACGCCCCAAUGAUUUUUGACGCCCUUUGCGACGCAGGCAUUCCAAUGAAUACGAGCAUGGACCCGCGAAGCUUGCACGGAGGAGAUGUAAGACCACCGUAUGGCAGCAUAUUCCAUCAAUGGCAACUAGACCGAGAUCUUAUGGAUCGGCUGUACGAUGCUGGUUUUGUGGAUGUUGAUACCCUCGAUUCCGCUGGAUAUAGUCCCUUGAUGCUCGCCUCAUUCCGCUUGCCUGCCGACUCGCUGAUCCAACGGGCAGACUGGCUGGUGUCCAAGGGUGCUGAUAUAACCGCUUGCUUACCCGGGACAUCGACAUCCGCCAUGCACGUCAUAACCAAUCGCGUCAUACGGAACCAUCAAAUUGGAAGGCACCUGUCUUAUAAUCACUCUUCGGGUCUACCGGACACCUCGAAAUCGUUUAUUCUGGGUCUGGAGAUAAUUGACUUUCUCAGAGGAGCCUUUACAACAGGUUUGCACGACGCCUGCGAGUGUCCCUGUUCGCGAGAAGGCGGAUGCACACCACUGUCUAUCGCAAUUAGAGCGUUGUUCUCACCAUGGUCAGCAUCAGCAGCAGCGAAAUUACCAAUGGCUCUUCCCAAGCUCCUUGAGCUAGCUCCUAAGACCCUUGAGACAGCAGAGACCGUCAUACGAUUGGCAACAUUCAAAGACCUGGAACUCACCCAUACGUGUUGCAGGUCAUUUAGCUUUUGGAAUUCAGGCCUACAUAUACUGAAGCCAUUUGAUCCACAUGAAGCAGAGAGGAUCUGUGAUGAGGAGGCAGAGAUCAUUGAGGUGCUCAACCACAUUGUAACAGGUUUCUUGAAGCAGUACCAGGGCCUCGCCAUAUCGCUCGUGCAAUUCAUGCAACACUACUGGUGUCCACGAAUGCAAGAAUACCUCCGCGGUGGCGUUAACUUGGAUGAAGGGUGUUCGACACAGUUGAAUGAUCUUGGGAUCACUCUUACUCCAAGUACCCGGAUACACUCAAAUGCGCUUUGCGUGCAUCGACUCCCAAAGGUAACAGAAGGCAAUGAAGGUUCGUCCUGGACCUUGUUAAGCCGAAAUGUUACAUCAAAGGUCUUUGUGACUGGUGAUUAUUUGUCAAUGGAAUUCAACAUCAUUUAA